AUGAACAAGUUUAAUAGUUUUAGGUGGUUGAAACCAAAAACAUCCUUUGCCCUCCUAUGUAACAGAAAUUUCCUAAAGAAUCCUAGUCAGAGAAGGACCCUUAUAGCUCGUGAAUUUAAUACUUCACAAAUAACCACCAAUCAACCGUCAUCCCAAGCCAUAGAUGAGGAACCUGUGCACCAAGGAGAACAUUAUAUUCAAGUUCCAAAGCGUGGUUUGAUGGAAUUAGCUGGCGAAGAUACUAUGAAAUUCUUGCAGGGGCUGAUCACCAAUGACAUUAAGUCUAUGAAUACGGGUGUAAACGUAUUCUACACUGCGUUCCUGAAUUCAAUGGGACGAGUUCUUUUUGAUGCAUUUAUAUAUCAAAAGAAUGGAUCACCAGAACCGGUAUUUCUUGUGGAAUGUGAUUUGCGAAUUAUCCCUGAAUUUACGAAACACUUGAAAAAAUAUCUUCUUCGCUCAAAAGUAGCAAUCAAAGAUGUCUCAUCAGAAUACAAAAUUUGGAAUAUAUGGGGAAAUAAAAAUAUAUUAGAUAACUUGACAUUGAAUUCAACUUUACCUAAAAGUGGAUACGUUGACCAAAGAUGUGCAGGAAUGGGAUUGCGAAUAGUAAUGCCGGCCAACAUGAAACCCAAUUUAACUUCGAAUUUCACGGAAUUGCCUUCUGAAGAAUAUGUUAUUCGACGUAUUUUGCAUGGAGUACCCGAGGGAAUUGAUGAUUUUGUUCCAGAAAAAGCUUUGCCGUUACAAUCGAAUUUUGAUUAUAUGGGCGGAAUUGAUUUUCGGAAAGGAUGUUAUAUAGGUCAGGAACUCACUUUUCGUACAUAUCACACAGGCGUGACUAGGAGGCGUAUCUUACCCAUACAGUUAUAUCCUUUCGAUGCGACUGA